GUCCUUGAUCUGAGUUGUUUUGAAGUCCUGUGGAAUAAACAAUGGGAGAAGAUAAUGUAAAAGUGGCUCUGCAACAGUUUUUAACUUCUUAUAGAAUUACACUGAGUCCAAACUGUCAAGACGAGAAAUCACCAGCCGAAACAAUGUUUGGCCGACUUACUAGGACAUUUUUUGAUAUUUUGAACCCUAAAGAAAGAAUGAGGGGACUACAAAAAAAUAAGGAGGGGAAUUGCUCGAGUACUCGAGAAUUCAAAGCAGAUGCCUCAGUCUGCGCAUGUGAUAUCUGGCCUGACGAUCCACCACCACAGAGUGAAAUGAGGAAAAAUGGGCUGAAAUCAGAAGUUAGACGACGAUCACCCAGGGAACGAAAACAAACGAAAUUUCUUCAAAUAAAUCCAAAACUGAAGUCAUACGAUCAAAACUACGUUGUUUAAUACAUAAACAAGCCUGGUGUAGUCACGACACUUACGUGAUUAUUAAAUUUAAAUGUUUAUAUGUGUCUGUAUUCACUCAACAAUCUACUCAAGGCCGUUGUAACUAUUUCUAACCGACAAAACAAUAUCUAGUUUUCCUCGUGAUUCGAAG